AUGCAAGCGGUGACGUCCAUGACAAAGUGUUAUCAUUUGAGGGCCCUAGCUUUGCUGGGUGCCCUCAUUCUUUUCUUCUUCUUGUGGCCAAUUUAUUGUUGUUCUGCAAGACCUACAGGACGUCUUUUAAUGAACACACCAAACACCAAUAGUCAACGAUCAAGAAUACUGAAUCAAAAGAAUGACGAGCACGAAUCAAUCUCAUCGAUAGAACAUCAGAAUUAUGAAGAAUUUUUAAAAAUCACUGGAGUCAGUGAUAAAGUGGAUAGAAAACGUGAGAUAGUGAACUUCUUAAACAGUGGUGAAAACAAUCUGAAAGCCACUUAUGACAAUGAUAAAGGGACAAUAAAAGAUAAUGGUAAUGAAAAUAUGUACAGUAAUAAUUUGAGUCUCAAUCAACAAACGCUAAUCGAAAAUGUUGCAGAAACUUUUUUGACAAAUUCCGAAACGAUGACCACGAGUGUUUACGAGUUGUUUUAUCUUAAAAAUAAAAGUAAACCUGAGUCAAGUAAUCAAAUAUUGUCUCGAACUAAUCGCAGUGUUCACCUAAAUAGUUCAAAUAAUAGAAACAAUAGUGUAAGUGGAGCGAAGCGGGUUAAAAAUAACAAAGAAAAAUUGUCAACGUUGGACAGAAACGAGAGAUCAGCAAACUUGUCUCAUAUUUCUGGAAGUGCACGAAAAAUUCAGCUGUAUAUAAAAAAUCGUUUCUUGCAGUUAUUGGCCGAUGGUACAGUCAAUGGAACAACGGAUGACAUGAGUGACUUUAAUUACGCAAAAGGAAUGCAAAAAUUUUUUAAGAGAUUCAAGCCAUUUGAUUCCGAACAGCAACAGAUUUUAAGAAAUUCGUUGGCAACUCUUCUUUAUUUGCAUAAUGAAAAGGAGAAAUAUGCAAGCAUAUAA